GGAGCGGUCGGGCCGGGCAGGGCGGCUGGGGAUGGGUGGGGGGGCCGACUUCCUGGGGCCGUCCGUGAGGAUGUCGCGACCGCCCCCGGGGGCGCCUCAGCCCCGGAGACGCCGCCACGACGGAGUCCGCAGCCUCCCUGCCUGAGGCGUCCGCGGCCCGGAUCCGGCCCCUCCCCUCCCCUUCCAGGUGCGGGCCGGGCAGGCGGCCGCGGCAGAUUUUAUCAUGUGGGCAACCUGCUGCAACUGGUUCUGCCUGGAUGGACAGCCUGAGGAGGUCCCACCACCCCAGGGAGCCAGGACACAGGCCUAUUCCAACCCCGGGUACAGCUCCUUCCCUUCCCCAACAGGCUCAGAACCAAGCUGCAGGGCCUGUGGGGCCCAUUUCGCAAACACAGCCAGGAAGCAGACCUGCUUGGACUGUAAGAAGAAUUUCUGCAUGACCUGUUCGAGCCAAGUGGGGAAUGGGCCCCGCCUCUGCCUUCUCUGCCAACGGUUCCGAGCCACAGCCUUUCAGCGGGAGGAGCUCAUGAAGAUGAAGGUGAAGGACCUGAGGGACUAUCUCAGCCUCCAUGACAUCUCUACCGAAAUGUGCCGGGAGAAAGAAGAGCUGGUGUUCUUGGUGCUUGGCCAGCAGCCUAUAAUCUCCCAAGAGGGCAGGACUCGUGCCCCCACCUUGUCCCCGGACUUCCCCGAGCAGCAGGCCUUCCUGAGCCAGCCUCACACCAGCACGGUACCUCCUACCUCACCCAGCCCCUCUUCAUCUGCACAAGCCACCUCUGUCCUCUCGGCCCAGGCUCAGGAGCACCAGCAGGCCAAUGGCCAUGUGUCUCAGGACUACGAAGAGCCCGUCUACCUGGAGAGCACAGCCAGAGCACCUGCUGAGGACGAGACCCAGUCCAUCGACUCAGAGGACAGCUUCGUCCCAGGUCGGAGGGCCUCUCUGUCUGACCUGACCGACCUGGAGGACAUCGAAGGCCUGACAGUGCGGCAGCUGAAAGAGAUCCUGGCUCGCAACUUCGUCAACUACAAGGGCUGCUGUGAGAAGUGGGAGCUGAUGGAGAGGGUGACGCGGCUGUACAAGGAUCAGAAAGGACUCCAGCACCUGGUGUGUGGCACUGAAGACCAAAACGGGGGAGCAGUGCCAUCCAGCCUGGAGGAGAACCUGUGUAAGAUCUGCAUGGACUCACCCAUUGACUGUGUUCUGCUAGAGUGUGGCCACAUGGUAACCUGUACCAAGUGUGGCAAACGCAUGAAUGAGUGUCCCAUCUGCCGGCAGUAUGUGAUCCGAGCUGUGCACGUCUUCCGGUCCUGAGGGCUUGCAUCUGCUUCUUCAGUGCCUUACAGGGACAUAGCCUGGGGUGUCUGGGCUCAGGGUUGGCCAGCUUGCAGAGGCGGCAAGUUAAAAGAAGAAAUUUUGCAGUGUUCCCAAGAUCAGGGCAAGCAAAGAUACCAUGUUACGCCUGGGCAUGCCUGUCUUGCCAUGGGGGUACCCCUUUUGACUGGCAAAGCCCCAAGGCCAGUGGGGACUGCUACAAAUCACAUGGGUGAGUCCUUAUUUCAGUGAUCUUGGGGUGAUGAUGGUACAUGAUGAAAAGACUUGCCAGAACUUCGACCAUGUCUUUCCUCCCUUCCUCUGAGAACCUAGCAGUUUCACCCUUCCUCCUAUAUCCCACCCAUCCCCUGGAGAUGCUUGCCGUGUAUUUCAUCAAUCAAAAGUCCUGUCAGAAAUGGUUCUCUUCCUCUCCAGCACAUUUGGAUUUAAAUUUCUGGUCUCUGGCUUUCUGUGCUUUAACCUACCUUUGCUAAAGUCUUUUGCUACACUGCCUAAAAUCCAUUUGUUUCUUUGGACCAAAAUUGUUAGUUUACCAGACCAACUGUGGUCCUUAGGAUAGAAUUU